UCUUCUUCUUCUGGAGAACCAUCAUGCGUGGUGUCAAGUGAGGGGCAUCUUGGUUGGGCGCCCGCAAGAUCGCGGCUCAGGUGAGUCUGAGGAGCACGAGUCGAAGAUGAACCAGGCCGAGGCCGAAAAGGUCAUCCACAUCAUCGAGUCAGUGCUCGCUGCGGGCUGCUCUGCUGAGGAUGUGGGUGUGGUCACGCCGUACAUGGCACAGGUCCGGCUGCUUCGCAGCCUGUGGAAGGCACGCUGUCAGGACUUGGCGAAGGGCUCCAAGAAGGCGAAGAGCCACUUCAAGAAUCCACGCAUCUUGGAAAUCGCGAGCGUCGACAACUUCCAGGGCCGGGAGAAGGAGCUCAUCGUGUUCUCCGCUGUGAGGAACAACUCCUCUGGCCGCGUGGGGUUCCUUGCAGACUGGCGGCGCCUCAAUGUGAUGCUCACUCGUGCGCGCCGGGGACUGGUGAUCGUGGGCAAUGCCUUCACUCUGAGCAAGGACUCUAACUGGUCCAACUGGCUGGAGUGGUGCCGGCGACACCGGGUGGUGGUGGACAAAGAGGCCUGGCACGCCGUGGUCCGCGCGGCCAAGAAGGCGGCCCCGAAGCGAGUCAAGCCUUUGGUGCACCACCUCUUCGACUUCGAGCAGGCCGAGAGAGACACCGAAAUCGGGAUCGGGAUCGGUGGCGGGCGGGUUGAACAUUGA